AUGGAGAUACUAGCACGCACACUCAUUGCCAUUUCACUCUGCGCUCUCUCUUUCUUCUCAGUUUAUUGUUCUCAAUAUCUUACUUCAGAUAGAUCACAACUUCCCCUGUUCGCUUUUAGUUGGUGGGAUGACAAGGGCACAUUCCAGGCCGGUGACACAGCAACCAUCAAAGUAAAAGUGCUUGAGAAUGCUGAUAAGAUUGACAAAAAAGUUUUCAAUCCCACACUAACUGUGAAUGGAAAGGAAGGGAACAGUUCCUAUGUGUCUACUGUGUUGUCAGAUUUCGAAGGAGACCCAAAUGAAUGGAAGAUCUUCUUCACCCCCAUCAGGGUUGGAUUGUUUAAUGUACUCAUCAGUGAGGAGCGUUAUAAAGUUGAUGAUUCAUCUUUGCAUUUCCAAGUUGAACCAGGGAACAUGUACCCGUCUGUGUGCGUUGCAUCAUGGAAAGGAGUGAGACAUGAGUACGAAGCUGGUUCAAAAGCUACGCUUAUGGUGCUACUUAAAGAUGCAUUUGGGAACGGUAUCUCUAAGACGACUCAAGUGUCCUAUUUGCCUGAUUUCAAGUUGUCUGUUUUGCAUGAAAAUGGCGCUGUUGCAAGUGCUCCAGAUAUCUUUAACAUGGGGUGGACUGAGUUUGAUUAUAUAGUCAUUGAGUUUAUUGUGACGAAAGCUGGAAAGUUCUCAUUGAGCUUAGAAGGAGGAAAUCAAACCUUGAAGGGUUCUCCAUUACCAUUGAAGGUGAAUCCAGGAGCUAUAGAUGUCUCUAACUGUAUCGCCAAAUGGAACGUUGCAUCUCAUGCAUGGCAAUUGUCUUCCAAGAUGGAAAUCUUUAUACAUCAGUUAGAUAAAUACGGAAAUCUGGUUUCUGGACUGUAUCCUUUUGAUUCUGAAGUUGUUGAAACUGACACAAACUUGUCGAUACCAAUAUCAGAUCUCCAUUUUCAAGAAGUGGAUGCUGGAAUUCAGUUGUUUUCGUUUAGCAAUUUUGAGCCAGGGAACUUCCUAUUGACAAUAUAUGAUUCCAAGCAUAAUAAAAGCAUUUCCAACAUGCCAUAUGUUUAUACUGUUUUUAUAGGUUACUGUGAUGGGGUUAAAAGUGUUGUUAAUGGAUCAGGUUUAAAUGAUUCAGUAGCUGGUGUAAAGGAAGAAUUAUCUGUGUAUUUGAAUGACAUCUAUCAAUAUCCUUCCCCUGUCCAAGCAAACAUACUUCAAGUACAAAUUUCAAUAGAAAAUGACUCGUACAGAGUUAUUCCAGUCAUAUAUCCUGUGCUUGACAAUAAUGGUAUUUUCAAAGAUAAACUUCUUGCUACAUUCAUGUAUGAAAAGUCUAAUGGGAGUGGGAGCUUUAUCAUGGCAAGUGAUUUUCGAGUCGAUUACAUACCAGAAAAAAGUGGAUUUUAUGAUAUUAAUGUAUAUUGUGGAAACAUAUUAUUGAAUGAGGGACAUUCUUUCCGAAAAGAGGUAAAAGCAGGUGAAGUAAAUGUUUCCUUGUCAAGUGUCACGAGCUUUUCUCCAAAGGUGCCAAAGCUGUCCAAAAAUGAAAUAAUUGUCCAGCUUGUGGAUUCAUAUUUAAACCCCGUCCUCUCACAACAAUCUAGGUUGAAAUUGGAGAUUGCUUCUGUUAAUAGUUCUGGCUUUUCGACUUUGGACAUUACAGACAAUAAGGAUGGAUCAUACAGCUGCAGUUACAUGGCCAAAGAUGUUGGAACUUACGAGAUUUGUGCUUCCUUUGAUGGCAAAAGUUUCUUAUCAUGUCCCUUCAGUAUCAAUGUGUACAGCAGUGAGUAUUUUCCAAAAGCCAACAAUGAUACAAUAUCUAUUUGGGAGGACCAAUCCGUUGCCUUUGAUGUCUUAACAAAUGAUUAUUUUGCUGGUGAUAAUGCAAGUAUAGUUGAAUUCUCAAAAUCAGAUCACGGUUCACUUAUACAGAAUGGAAGGAUCUUUCGUUACACUCCUUAUAAAGGGUAUUAUGGAAAUGAUUCCUUUUGGUAUACAAUUUCUGAUAUAAAUGGAAAUCUUGCUUCUGCUUCCGUGUGCAUAUUUGUUCUCAAUGUUCCACCUCAGUUUGUUUCUGCUCCAAAUCAACUGCAAGCAACAGAAGAUUCAAUAAGUCCUAGAUUUGGUGGUUUCACCGGGUUUGAGAUAACUUAUUCAAAUCCUAUGGAAAAUAUUUCUGUCAAUCUUAGUGCUCAAUCUGGAAUUGUACUUCUGUCUCCUAUGGCUAUGCAAUUUGGGCAAGUAAUGUGGAGUGAACUUACAUUUGACACAGGAAAUGAAACUGCAACCAGUUUAAUAAUAGAAGGCUCUGUGGAAGUUAUUAAUUUUGCACUUCAGUCAAUUCAGUAUCUGGGAAAUGAAAAUUUUUAUGGAGGAGAUACCAUUCAAGUCUCAACCAGGAAUAAGAACGGAGUAAAUUCACUUGGUGUUCCAAUUUUUGUUGAUCCUAUCAAUGACCCUCCAUUUAUUAGAGCCCCCUACUUCAUCAUAUUGAGGAGUAAUGAAGAUGAGACCCUUAUCUUUGACCAAGAGAAAGAUAAGUUUGACUUUUUCAUUGGAGAUCCCGAUCUUCUUACCUUCCCUGGUGGUCAGGCUCACUUUUUUGUGACGUUCUCCAUGGAAGUAAAUGAUGGAUGGUUGGUGACAAACCUACCAGUUCAUUUGAUCAAUACAACGGAAUUGAAGCAUGGAAUUAAUUAUCAGUGGCAGCCUCUUCAGACAUAUGUUACUAUCUCAGAGCACUUUAUGGUCAAAGCUCAUGGAAUCAGAUUUCAGGCCACAGUCAAUGACUGCAACAGUGUUAUGCAGCAACUGUUCUAUCAUGGAGGUGAGCAUGGAGCUGUUUUAACAAUGACAUUAAAUGACAUGGGAAACUACGGAUGUUUUCCAGAUUGUGCAGAUGGCAUGUCAAUGCCAUUAUACACAGAAGCUACUGUAAAUUUAAUGAGAAAACAACCAAUGAGUUCAUUUCUGGCUCACACCUUAGGAUCAAUCAUUGUCAUUGAAUUUGUUAUCAUUUUCUCUCUUGGAGCCUUGCUUCUUUACUUCACCUGUAAAUGUGCUAUUCUUCUUGCACAUGAAAGAAGAAACAGAGAAGAAAGUUCUUCAGAGUUAUCUAAUUCCAAGAGUUUCCCCAGAGAAACUGUGCCAAGUUGAAGAAUCUAUCAGCUAACCAAUGUUAUUCAUGAUCUGCUAUGUAUUUUAUCUGUAUUUUUAUUAUGCUAAAACAACACAGUUUCGGAAAGUAUGUAUAAUGUUGU